GCUGCGCUGGCCAACACUGCUCCUACGCAACCAUGAAUCCGUGGAGAACGAUAUGCCAGCAGCUCCUCCGACCGUCCGCCCCGCCGGCUGCUGGACAGUUUAGGGUAGUUGGAACGUCCCGGGGUUGGAAUACGUUCACAGUUUCGAAUCACCAAAGAUUCGUUUCAAGGUCCAAGGCCUAUUCGAUCUACAGCAGGCCAGCUCGCCGGCUACGCAGUUCGGGCCACUACCAAUGCUCAUAUGGCAAUCCCGCGCAGCCACGACGGCCUUUCUCCGCGACCACAGCUGCUGCACAUGGCCAUAUUGAACCUCCAAAACCAGGCGAAGAGAUCAAUGUCACUUUUGUCGAUAAGGACGGCGAGAGGCAUGAUUUCCAGGUCGCCAAGGGAGAUAACCUGCUUGACAUCGCGCAAGCAAAUGAUUUAGAGAUGGAAGGAGCUUGUGGAGGUUCUUGUGCCUGCUCUACCUGUCAUGUUAUUGUUGAAGACCAGGGGAUGUACGACCGAAUGCCUGAGCCCGACGACGAUGAAAACGAUAUGUUGGACCUUGCCUUUGGGUUAACGGAGACCUCGCGACUCGGAUGCCAGGUGCAGAUGACGCCCGAACUGGACGGAUUAGUUGUGCGACUGCCCAGUAUGACCAGAAAUUUGCAAGCUAGCGACUUCGCGGAUAAGAAAUGA